CUGCCUGAGCAUACGAGCUUCGUCCAAACCACACACCCAAUCUGCCCAUGCCACUGCGCAUGCUCAUACCCAGUCAUUUUCUAAGAUGGCGGCCCCCAUAGAUCUAGAAUUGAAGAAGGCCUUCGGCGAGCUGCAGGUGAAGAUGAUCGAUACGCAGCAGAAGGUGAAGCUGGCCGAUCUGCAGAUCGAGCAGCUCAGCCGUGUGAAGAAGCACGCCAACCUGACCAACGCAGAGAUCACCACGCUGCCCAACACCACGCGCAUGUACGAGGGCGUCGGUCGAAUGUUCAUCCUCCAGUCUAAAGAUGUCAUCAAUCGGCAGUUGGUGGAGAAACAGAAGACUGCUGAUGAGAAGAUCAAAGAACUCGAGCAAAAGAAGACGUAUCUGGAGCGCAGCGUGAAGGAUGCAGAGGACAACAUCAGAGAAAUGCUCAUGUCCAGGAGGGCCCAGUGAAAACACACACACACACACACACACACAAACUUA